ACACAAAGGAGUGAUUGAGCGAGCGAGUCAGUCGCAGGGAGCUGUUAGAGGGAGGGAGCGUUAGGAAAACUUAAAGCUGGCAACAAAACACUGAAGAGAGUCUGCAUUUAGAAAAGUCCUGCUGACCAGAUAACUGUAACUCAUGGAUCUUUGAGGACUUAAAAGAAAGAAAUUGGAUACAUAGGCAAAAGAAAAAAAGUAGGGGAAGGGCCAGAAUAUAAACAUUCAAAAGGAAACCAGAGGAAAAGAAGAGGAGGGAACAGACCCUCUGUGAACACAACCCUGAACACAAUGGAAGUCUACACGGUGAAAGUAGCAACUGGUACAUCAGAGUAUUCGGGCACCAACAACUACAUCUAUGUGACCCUGGUGGGGGAGAAAGGAGAGAGUGAACGCACCGUGCUGGACAACCCCGGACUGGACUUCUGCCGAGGAGCGGUGGAUGAGUACAAGGUGACCAGCCCCUCACCUCUCGGCCCCCUGCUGCUGGUCAGGCUGGAGAAGCAGAGGUACUGGUUGGAGGACAACUGGUUCUGUCGCUACGUCACAGUGGAGCCUCCAGGUAGAGACACAGUGCUGACGUUCCCCUGCUACCGCUGGUUCAUCGGAGACACCAAGGUGGAGAUAAGGGAGGCCACAGCGAAGACCCCAAUGCAAGAUUCCUUACCCCAGCUGCUGGAGCACAGGAGGAAGGAGCUGCAGGAGAGACAGGCCACUUACAGAUGGGUCACAUGGGCUCCGGGGAUUCCCAGAUGUAUCGACGCCAAAACAGAAGCAGAUUUACCCCAGGAUGAACGCUUCGACAACGAGAAAAGGAGCGACUUUGAACAUUCACUGCACUACGCAUUGCUCGAGUUGUCUCUGAAGAAGCUGGCCAUCAGGUUUGGGAAAUCUUGGAAUGAUUUGGAGGAUUUCAAACGAAUUUUCUGGAAACUACGAAGUCCCAUAGCCGAGUACUGCAUGGAGCACUGGAAGGAGGACUGGUUCUUCGGCUACCAGUGUAUGAACGGCUCUAACCCCAGGAUGAUCCGGAUGAUCCGGAAGCUUCCAGAGAACUUCCCAGUAGUUCCCAACAUGGUGCAGAGCUCCAUGGCUCCGGGGACCCACCUGGACAAAGAACUCAAGGCAGGGAACAUCUACCUGUUGGACUACGCCAUCAUGGACGGGAUCCCCACCAACACCAUCAGAGGGAGACCCCAGUUCAUCGCGGCCCCCCUCUGCCUGCUGUACCUGCACCCAGACAACGGACUCAUGCCCAUCGCUAUACAGCUGGAGCAGAAUCCGGACCGGGACACCCCCAUCUUCCUGCCCAGUGACCCCCCCCUGGCCUGGCUGAUGGCUAAGAUGUGGGUGCGUCACUCUGAGUUCCAGGUGUUCCAGCUGCUGUCCCACCUGCUGAGGACCCACCUGGUGGUGGAGGUGUUCUGUGUGUCCACCCUGAGGCAGCUGCCCGCCGUGCACCCCGUAUACAAGCUCCUGUCCCCUCACCUGCGCUACACCCUGGAGAUCAACUGCAGGGGGCGCACUCAGCUCCUCUCGUCCAACGGCAUCUUCAAAAGGGUUGUGUCCACCGGGGGGGACGGCCUUAUGAUCCUGGCCCAGAGGGAGUACAAGGUGCUGACGUACCGCUCCCUGCAGCCCCCCCACGACUUCGCUGACAGGGGUGUGUUUCAGCUCCCCAAAUACUUCUACAGAGACAACAGUCUGAUGCUGUGGGAGGCCAUACACAGUUUUGUCUCGGGCAUUGUGGGUCUUUAUUACCAGUCAGACGAGGACGUGACGGAGGACCAGGAGCUCCAGGCGUGGUUCAGAGACAUCACUCAGGAGGGCUUCACAGAGCUGCCCAACUUUGGUCUGCCCAGCAGGCUGACCCUGGAGGAGCUGAGCACCCUGCUGUCAGUGGUCAUCUUCAUCGCCACAGCCCAGCACGCUGCCACCAACAACGGACAGUUUGAUUGGUGCGCCUGGGUCCCGAACACCCCCUGCACCAUGAGACACCCCCCCCCAGCAGACAAAGAUGCUGUCACCAUGGAGAUGAUCAUGGCCACCCUCCCUGAUGUCAGCCAGUCCUGUGUGCAGAUGGCCAUCACAUGGCAUCUGGGGCGGGCCCAGCCAGACGCAAUUCCUUUGGGCCAAUACGCUGAGGAGCAUUUCACUGAGGAGCGGGCCCAGGAGGUCAUUGACAGGUUCAGAGCAGAGCUGAAGGAGAUCGAGGAGCAGAUCCUGGGUCAGAAUGAAGGACUGGAGCUCCAGUACCUGUUCCUGCUGCCCAGCCGCGUGGAGAACAGCAUCACCAUUUAGAGAACAUCCAGAUAGAGUCAGGGAGUCAUUACAUUCAAUGUUGUAAUCAAAAGAAAACACAAGUAUGGAGAAAUAUUUUUGUAUGUGCUUCAAUAUUAAACAUUUUAUGGAAUA